AUGUCGCUCCUAGGACUCAAGCGCAUCAUCAACAUCCACCAUGACCUUUCGCCCGAACGCUCCACACCUUCACCGGCACUCGGCCAACCUCCGUCUCCACUCGCGCCAAAGAGACCUCCGCUGCAGGCGAAGAUGUCCCAAGACUGUGUGCCAUCCAUCAAGCCAUUAUCCUCACUAAAAGACUUUGCCAACACUCCGCUCAAACAGCCGGCGAAGAAGCUGGACAAAGGGAAGGCGGCCCGUGCGCCUGCGACGCCGGAGCGAGAUCUCGUCAAGAAACACGCCGUGCCUAGAGCACGCAAGGUCGUCAUCCCCCGCUCGCCAGUGUCAACACCACGUCGGUCGACCGUUGAGGUGGUCAUUCCGACCCCUCGGCACUUUGCUCCUUUACGUGAUGUUGGUCUUGCAACCUCAUCGAGAUAUCGAGACGCUCCCACGGCCACGAGAGUCGAAGAUAUCACCGAGCACUUUGAGAGGGUCACGAUCAGAGACACGAAGAAGCCUAAAAGAGCAAGAGCAGUUCAACCGCCCAAGUUUUCUGCGAUUGACACCCUGUUGUCGAGCUGUUUAACGGCAACUCUACUCCCUUUUGGCGACGUCUUCACGUCGGAAGCCUUUGGCAGCGUGCUUCCCGGAGGCCGAACUUCGACCCCAGUUAUCCGCAAGAUUGGCGAAGCGUCUUACUCUGAGGUAUUCACCGUCGCUUCCUCUACAGACGAUGAAGCGAUCGUUGUCAAAAUCAUCCCUCUCCUCGGUGACAAACCCGUCGCCAGCACGGUGGAGCUCCCAGACUGCUCCGAGGUGGCCGAUGUCGUUCGCGAGGUUGAGACGACGAAGCGCAUGAGCUCCGUGCCCGGCGGUGGAUUUGGCAACUUCCUUGGAGCAUUUGUUGUCCAUGGCUGCUACCCCCAACUGCUCCUCCAAGCAUGGGACGAGUUUGAUGAGGAGAGCGAAUGGAAGAGUCUCCGCCCCGACGUGUUUGGAGAGUCGCAGCAAUACGCCGUUGUGGCUCUCUCGAAUGGGGGCCAAGAUCUCGAGGGCUACAAGUUUGAGGCGUCCCGCGGCUGGGUCCAGGCGGCGUCUGCGUUCUGGCAAGUGGCCGACGCUUUGGGUCGUGCAGAGAAGUGGACGGGCUUCGAGCACCGAGAUCUACAUGAGGGACAGAUCCUCGUGUCCGCCGUCCCACCCUCGACCCCACCACAGCCCAUCACCAACUACCUCGACUCCAGUGCCACAGCCGUGCGCGCCACCAUUAUCGACUUUGGACUAUCUCGACUCGAAAUACCUGGGCAUGGAUCGACAAGCACUCCCCUCCCCGAUGAGGUGUAUGAAGGCGUUGGCAAUCAGUGGGAUGUUUACCGGGCGAUGCGUGAUCGGAUUGAAUCAGCGGACGACGCCGCAUCCGACGCUUGGACAGCCUUCCACCCGAUCACCAACGUGCUGUGGUUGCACUACCUUGCCAGACGGCUGCUACGGUCCACGCCAACACUUCGCAAGCCACGCGAGGUGAAGCGAUCGGCGUCUUCGGUACCCAAAAAGGGCGCACUAGCGGAGAAGGAAGUCAUCCGUGCCCGCUCGGAAGCAGCGUGGCACAUGCUCGUGGCGGUCGAAGCUGCUCUGGGUGUGGCACUAUCCGUGCGUGACAACGCGCGGGUAGCCGCCCGAAAACUGCAGCAGUUUGCGUCAGCCGAGGAGUUUGCGGAGUGGGGGAGGCAGCAGGGCUGGAUUGCCUAA